CAGGGACAGACUGAAUGACACGCAGCUAUGGCUUGUACAGGCUGUGGGCUUUGCAGGUUGGUCAGAGCAGAGCCCUGGGAUUGGCUGCCUGCGCAACAGGAUCAGCCCUGAGCUCACACACAAAACCACAGCCAGGCUGCGCCUCUCACAGCACUCCAAGUCCUGGCAAGGCACACAGCAGCAGGCUGAGCACAGACUGCACACAUAUCCAGAGAGGCUGGAGGACACCCUGACUUCCAAACUGCAAAGAAACAUACAGCCUGCCCUGGGACUUAUUAAAGGGGAAUUAUACACUCAUUCACUGCUAGACCAUUCUGACUUUUUCCUAUCAUCAAAAUACACUUUAUUUAGUCUUACCUUCCAAUGCAAAACUAGGAGUAUAUUUUUUCAAUUGUAUUUUUUUUUCUGGAUUUUUUUAUUUUUAUUUGCCUAUACAUAACAUUUAAAAGUAAUACAAAUCUAUAUUAUUAUUUAAUUUUUUUUAUUUGCUUUUUGAAAACUGUACAUGGUUGUGAAUACCUGUGCUUGCAGAAGAAUUGACACUAUAUUGAAUCUGAGUGGCUUGUAAAAGUUCUGCAUUUGCUUCCACCUGGUGGUGUUGCUGGUAUCUUGGCCUGGAGGAUGGCUCCUUGUCGUACUGCGCUCCUGCUGUGGGUGUGCUAUAACUGCAGCCUGUGUUUGGGGUUUGGGGACCUUUUGGAAGAUGGCAUGGAAGGAGUGAGAAGCCUAUCCAGUUCUGGGUUACUGUAUGGAGCAGGUGAUCCAGCCAAGCAAGAAGAUGCAGUGCUGCCCCUUGGGGACACAGUGUCAGAGCAUAUGCUGAGGCUCUAUGACAAAUACAGUGGUGGUGGUGGUGGCGGAAGGGGGAGAGAGGCUUCUGCAAAGCACCAAUUGCCACUCCAGGAUGGAAACACUGUCAGGAGCUUCAAGUCACUGUACGGUGAGUGUGAGCGCACAAUGUCAUUAUAUAUGUAGCGCAAACAGAUUCUGCAGCGUUGUAUACUGAGCAAUAGUGUUCUCAAGCAGAGAACAGAGAAUGGAAUUGUUAAGAAUUUAAAUAAUAUUCACACCUGCUGGACUCCUGAUUAAAUCUGCAUUUCUUUGAAUGUUUGAUUUAUUAUUUACAUUUUAUUUUUUUCCAGUAAUUAUCCUAGUGGUAGCCAGUUUGUAUGGAUGGGAGAUUCUGAACAGCCAUUUAAUAUGUGGACACUGUAGAAUAAACGUAUUAUUUUACUUGGCAUUAAGACAUGACUAGGCACAAUCAAGGGAUCCCAGACGAAACCCCCUCCUAUAAACGAUGUAUCUGUAUGGUUACCUUGAUCAUUCCAGUAGCCUAAAGUUACUUUCAAACUCCAACCUUUGAUCUGAUUAUAUACCAAACCUAACAAUCUUAAAGUAGCUUUUCGCUUAAAUAAAAAAAUAUAGCUGAUUCGGUGUACCAGCAAUUAUUAUUUUGAUGCUUCACCUAUUGGUAUUUUCAAUAAGAAUUGUAGCUUACAUUAUAUACCUUAAUAUACUUUUGCAGUCUGCGGUAAUAUUUAUUUUAUAGCUACUGUAAGACUGUUUAAUAUAUUCUCUAAUUUCAAGUGAAUGGCUGCACUUGUUAAAAAGUGCUUUGAUUAGCACUGGCAUGGAAAGUGUUAAUGGCACCGAGACAGGUGCUUAGCUUGGAUUAAAUGUCCACUAAGGUACAUUAUAUUGAAUUGCUGAUGCUCACUGGGACUCUAUUAUUUUUGGUUAUCAGUUUCCUUGUUGUGACUUCUCGCACACCUGUGGCAUGUAGGGGAUUCUUUAUAUCUGCAGAAAAUCUACAGCAAUAUAUGUGCUUUGUCUUGACCUGAUAAUUGCAUAAUUGCACAUUAUAAGCGGGGAAAUAUUUUUUUAGGUAUUUUUGUUAAGUUGAGGAUGAUAGGAUUUGUGAUGAGAAGGGAUAUAGGUUAACCCCUGUAGCAGCAGCUGUUGUGCUGUAAAACACCCAUCACUAGCUGCUACCUAGCAUACUAUAAUAUAAAUCUACAGCCUUCAGAAAACUCUAGCCCAGGGGUGCCCAAAUAGUAGAUCCCCAGAUGUUGUAAAACUACAGCUCCCAUGAUGCUUUGCAUGCCUUUAGAGUACGUGUAGAAUGACAGAGCACCAUGGAAGUUGUAGUUUUAAACAUCUGGGGAUCUACCUUUUGGGCACACCUGCUCUAGCUAAUCCCUAGCACAUAAGAUCCCAUCAUUCUUGGGCUCAGGUAUGCCAUAAAUCCAAAAUACCCAAAUAAUAAUUUUCAUCAACUAAAUAAUAAAUACAUUGUUGCUGAUGGUGUGUCAAUCCCUCUUGAUAUUGCAAGGGUUAAUCCAUUGUGUAGUAAAUUAUUUUCCCCCAGUCUGUUAUACAUUAAAGAGUUAAUUUGUCUCUGGAGCUAUGCAGAGCUUCCAGAUGUGAAGAGCUGUGUGUGAGUGAGUAUACCUGCAUUGCACAUCUAGCCUGUCACAUCAAUGUAUCCUGCUAGACUGUCACAAAGCCGGUAUAUUUCCUUUACUACACUCACAUUCACAGAAUUAUUGAAAUGCCUGUCAGCAUGUGUUUCUUAUGAUAACACAGCUACAUUACAUAUUGGCAGCAUAUUUAAGGAAAUGUUGUUAAUUGAUUUCCAGCCUUAAUUGGAGAUGAGUCAUCUCCCCUUUUCUUUCUCCUCUGUCCUAUGUUUGGUCCUUAAACCUGGAUAUUUUGGGGCCUUAUAUCUAUAUUUACUCUGGAGAGAUCAUUUGCAGUUAAGAAGAGAAAUAGUGCAAUUUAUUAGUGUGUCCAAACACUGAAAUUUCCUUUACUUUACACAUUUGUGUAGCAAUUGCUGUUGUUUAUUUUUUCACUUUAAUAUUGUGUAAGCCCAUUUCUUUGUUUAUUGAGACUGGAGUUUGUCUUAAUUUGUAUUCAUAUUUUUAGAAAAAAUAAACGUAAAUGUGCAAACAUUAAAUAUUUAAAAAAAAAAACAACAACCUAAGGAAUGAAUAAUGCAUUUGAUAAAGGGCAGAGUAGGGUAGAACUUGAUGGAAAAUCAUUGUGGCUCAGUAUGUCUCUUUAAGUCAUCUUGAAUUCAUACUCUUGUUUAAGUGCCAGGAAUUCACUUUCAGCAGGUGCCUUGCCCCAGGGAUUUAAGUAUCUGUUUUAUAAACGAAAUGCUUAAUAUGGUAUGAUUGUCUUCCAAAUGUAUCUCAGUCUUUAGGUCUUCCACUCUGCACGCUAGUGAUCCAACAGUGGAACAGUUAAAAUAUGACUUUGCAAAAGUAAAAAAAAACCCAUUGUUUAAUACCUAUUUCAUAAACUUUAAAAUCAACUGUUUCAUUGCAAGGCUGCACAUUAAUAGGAAGAUUUGACCUGUGUUUACAUUUUCAAUGAAAUAUACUGUACAGUAAUAGGACAGUUCAGUUUAUCUCUGCUGCUAUAUAACAAUAUGCUCAGUGACACUCAUAGAAUUCCCGAUUAUAAGGAUAAAUAAACAUAGGAACUCAAUAUGCUCUGUAGGGUGCAUAGUUGAAUUGCGUACGUUGAAUGUGGUCUACAUACUUAAUAGAAGGCUGCCAUAAGUGGAUAAUUUAUUGGCAAAUAUAGACCAGCAGGGUUUUUCAAUAAAGUGGGAAUUGUCGGUAAUUCAUACAGGGUUAAUUACUAAAGUGAGAAUUCAAAGUGUAUUCAAAAUAAGUUUAAAUGUAAGUUAAAAGUAGCUGAACUGGAAAUCAUUUCUAAGUCAGCUAUGCUUUAAUUUAGGCUAUUCUAGCCUUAAAUUUAGUAAAUAGCCCUCUUUUUGGUCAAAAUAGAUGAGCUAGAAGGUUAUUUGACUUGGAAAAUUUUCUAAUUCAGCUAUUUUGGCCUUAAAUUUUAUAUUUACAUUAGUAAAUAAACGCUUUUAGAUAGCAAAAUUGUGAAAACAAUCUCAGACUUAAGUACAUUUGAGAUUUUAUUCCACUUGGCUAUUUUGAAUUGAUAUUUUAAGUUUUGCAAGUUUUUUCCCCCAAAUGUUUUAUGACUUUCUGGUUUAGUGAAUAGACCCCAAUGUGACUGAGUACCUUCCAACCGUGAACCUUGACAAAAAUGCAAUGCAGCAACAAUAUUGCUCUGUCCCAGGGUUACCAAAUAGCUGUCAUGAAAGUAUUGCGAAAUAAAUGUGCAUUGUUUGGAAUGUAUUGUAACCAGUACAUUUUAUUUUCCAGUCACAUUUUUCAAGAAUAAGAAAGAAAUGAUAAAUUAUAAAACUACCUACAAACCAUGGUAUCAUGAAUAAGUAGAUCUUUGAUGACAUGUCAGUAUGCUUUAAUUUGGAUGAAAUAAUCCCAUGUCAUCCCAAAGAAAUUGGGAUUCAUAGUCGAUGUGUGUAUUAAUUCCUUAAAGGGUUUCUCCAAACCCCUUUUUUAGAAAUGUGAAUAAUGGACUAUUUGCAUUAUUCAUCAGGGUCACCCCCACCCGACCACUGGAAAAGUGUUCUAAAUGAAGGUUUUAUCUACCUUCAUCCAGUGCCGGGCUAAGCUCUAAGGGCACCUCGUCUGACAGUCUGCCCAGGUGCGUGGUCUGAGCCAGUAAGCGUAGGAGGAGAGAGUGAUAAAUAGGUGGAUGGCAGGAGAAUCAUAAAAUAUUGAAAGGGAUAGGAAGGUUGGAGGGCUACAAUUAUGUAGUGAAUUAACAAUAUAUCUGUAUGUGCAGUGUUUCAAACACUCCCAGGCUCCUACCACUAUGAACACUUCAAAUCACUGAACUGGUCAUGGUGGUUGGAGUAACUCUUUAAACCUGAAAUUGUGGACAAUUGAAGAAAGUAUUUGUAGAUCCCCUUAAUAGCCGUACUUGGAAAACUCUCAAAUUUAGAUAUUUGUCCAGCUGUUAGGAGUUAAAAUGAGUAUUGUCAUUCCCAUCAGUCCUACAGUAUAUACGGUUUAAUCUCUAAUGUAAGAAUGGCUAGGAAACCAAAGAGAAUUUUAACUGUGAGGCCAAAAUAGGACCACUGAACACAUAUUUGACAUGAAGUAUUUUUUCGGCCUAAAAUUUGAAUUUUUCUUUGAAUUUCUGACAAUUCUCACAUUAGUAAAUAACCCUGUAAGUUCGUCAGUGUGAGGUUCAGGAAAGUUCACAGCUGAUCAGUGAACUGUGAAUGUUUGAAGGACUUAUAUCUUCUUACUGUGGUUUAGUUUUAGCUGGUGAGAAGAUGAAGAUGUCUAAUUCACACAAAAGUGCGCUGCAUUCAUCAUCUUAAAAAUAAGGAAUGGUCUAAUAUAAUGUAUAUUUAUUGUAAUUUAAGACCAAGGAACAAUAUAGUAAUACAAUUUUCACCACUUUUUAGCACAUACUGAAUUCUAUGAUCUUCUGAAAAGCAGUUUUCUGGAAAUUAUGCUUAAUUCUAUUUCAUCCUUCAGGCCAACAGAGCAACAUGAAACAUAAGAUUCUAUAACAACCAGUAGUGUCAGAGAUUUUUCGUCCCUUUAGUCCUUAUCCAAACUAUGCCUUCUGUGGUCCAGACACCUGUGCUAACACAGGGAUUAAAAUGAGGAUUUGCAUUAAUUCCUCUACCAAACAAUGCAGAAAUAGCGGAACAUGCAUAAAUAGACCACUCUUCUGGUUAAUCUUAUUUGUCCGUCAUUCUGUGUCACUAAGGAACGGACUUCAUCUAGUUCUGUUGCUUAUGUUCCUAUCACAUCUCUAACAGCUGAUCGUUCAUUAACCAUAAAGGAAUCUUUAAUUGAGUUCCUCAGAGUUUAUAUGGAAGAGAAUUCUUGGAAAUUGUCUUUUCAUGACUUAUAAUUUUAAGAUGCUGGUCUUCAUUAGAAACCAGACAUCUGUGAAGUGCUCAUUCUCCAUCAGAUGUUUUGGCAGUAACUUAAGUGUUACACCAGACAAAAUAUUCAGUAAUAGAUUUCUGGGAAAAAACACAUAUUUUUCUCAUAUGAGUUAUUUAGACAUCCAGAUCCCUUCCUUGAUGGAUAGAUGAUUAACCUGUAUUUUGGCACUGUAAGCCGUAGUUUAAUCAGUGAUUGUGAAGACAAAUUAGAAUUUCCACCACUUUCUGACUGUUUAUUUUGUUUUCGAUGUUGAUGUCGUUUGGACUUUGAUCACAAGUGUACCUAAAGCAUUUUGUAUCUCUGAAAAAAAAACUUCCACCACAUAAACUGAUUUGCUGCCAUGGCAGCUCUUUUAUGUCAAAUAUGGUACAAAGAGCAUUUGUGGUCACCAUGAUUUUGGCUGCUAAGUAAAAAAAACAGAACAAAUGUGAACAUGUUUAAAUAUACAUGGAAGGGUUGUUGUGUUUGUGUGUUUUAUUUUUACUUUUCCCCUGGCUGUUUAUUUGUGGAUUUUUGAUUUAAUGACUAUGAUUCAUAUGUGUGGAUUCUAAAUAGGUGAGAGCAUAAACCCGCCAAUUGGAAACAAGCUUUGUUAAGAUAGCAAAGUAGGUUAGUCUCCCAACCUUAGAGAACCUAUUGAGAUCACAACAACUAAGUCAACUAUGCCUUCGGUCUUUCAUAAAAUGACUUCUGCAAUAAUACCAUUUAUUUCUGUAUUAUAACAGAAAAGGCAAGAAAUACAUCGAAGUGUUUUAUUUGAACAUUAUUAGAAACAUAUUAGUUUUAUAACUCUUAUGUCUCUCUUGCUUUUAUUACUUGUUUUCAUGUACAUUUCAGGGCAUCUUUCAGCUAUAAAAAGCAACGCCAUAGCUUUUACAUAAAUAAUUAAAUUUUUCUCACUGUGCUGUUCUUUUUUUUUUAUUUUAUUAUUUUUUAAAAGCAAUUAAAUCAUGGCAUUACUAAGCUCGGCAGCUCCAUAGGAGUCCAUCCAUUACAAUGUAUUAAGCAGAUCAGGUGUUAUGUGGUGUGAGUGUACUUCAUGCAGAGCGACUGCACUUGCACGCACUGGAACAAAACAUUCUGAAACCCUGUUAUUUAAAUGUCUAAAUACACAUAAUUAUUUCAAUAAUUUGCAGGGCCCACUGCCCCAUGUUGCUAUGUCGCCCCAGGGUCCCCACCUGUUCUUAAUCCAUAGUGAUCUCCACAACAUGUUGAGUUAAAUGCGUUGAACUUCCAUUCCUCUAAGGUUACAUGCACACCAGGUUUGCAGAUAAUCCUUACUGUACUGCUUUGUGAUACUCAAGGUAAAUAGUUUUAUUGAAUAUCCAUUAGAGAAAUCCAGGCACUGUGGCCUUAUGACUUUGAAGGAAGUCCAACACUCCUAAGGUGUGCUGUUUAGUACACAUCAUUGGGAAGGGGGGAAAGUAGGCACACACUAGCACAGCGCACCUACCAAUUCCAUUAGCUUUUUUGAGCCAGUGGAAACAUAAGAAAACCUGUCCCCAGUUAUUAAAGUGAUGUUGUUUGAUUGGAAUCUACACUUUUAUAAACUGUUGAAAAAAAUUGACAGACUCUACACACAUGAAGAACUUCAGCAACAUGUCUAGUGUGUUCAGAGACAGAGAUUUGAAUAGUUAGUAGUCUUGUUAGUUAGUAGCUGGUAGACUACUUGAUUCCUCUAAGGGGUUGGUGUUUUAAUGUAUGCCCAAAAAGGAUAAAGGAGAGUGUCAGUUUUCCUGUAAUAGGCAUUAUUUAGAUAAUUUUUUAAUGGAACGCUCCAAAUAACUACAAGACUUCGCUGUAGUGCUUAUGGUGCCAACACCAACCCAGCAUAGUUUGUUAGACCAUUUUAUUAUACAUUAACAUUCCCACCCUGCUUCUGGUGUUCUCAAACAGGAGAAGCCAGAUACAGGUGUAGGCAUUAAAUCACUGGCUCAAAAAAAGUAGAAACAUUGCAGGUACCUAGCAAGGUAAGUGUCAAACCAUGCUAAAACAGUUUGACAUAUUAUACUGUGAUGGUGCAAGGACAUUUGUGGCACCAUAACCACUACAGAAGGAAUGUUACUGUAUUUUUUUAGAAUAGAAGACACACCAGUAUGCAAUAUUUUAACUAGAAGAUUAGAAGGAAAAAAAACCACCAUUAUAGUAAUUUUAGUAUACUUUAGCAUAUGGGCAUAGAGGAUGUAGCACAGAGACGCCAUUAGCCUGGGGAGCCCGAACUGCACAGGGAAUCCCGGGCCCUACAUUCGAUUUCCGAUAUAUAUAUGUGCACCUGCGGGCCCCCGGCUACCUGCACACCGCAGAGGGUGUCCUGCACACUCCAUCUCCACUUCUCAGCUGCUCUUCUCUCUCCAAGACUCGCAAGCUGCGCGGCUGUCAGAGUGUUUCCACGUGUUACCAUGGUAACGUUCGCACGGCUCGAGAGACUUGGAGAGAGAAGAGCAGCUGGGAAGUGGAGACGGAGUGUGAAGGGCCCCCUCUGCAGUGUACAGGUAGCCGGAGGCCCGCACCAUGCCACCGGGCCACCAUGGAACGUGAUCUCUCCCCUCCCUGCUUCUUACUUGUGUCCAGGGAGGGGGAAGAUCACGUUAGAUGGUGGAACAGUGGCAUGGAAUAAAAUUUAAAUAAAAGAAAUAUGCUCUUUCCCCGCCCCCUACAGUAUGCAGCCCCACAACAACAUUUACAUUUACACACACUAUUCGUUACACACACUACAUCCUUACACAAACACAUACACUACAGCCUUACACAAACACACACUCUACAGUCACUAUACACACACUAAAUCCACUACACAAACACACACUCUGCAUUCACUACAUCCACUACACAAACACACACUCUGCAUUCACUAUACACACUCUUUAGUCACUAUACACACUGCAUGUGCAAGUAAAUAGAUUGGUUUCUGUGCUUCAAUGUACUUGAGUAAGCAGCAUGCAUUAAUACUUUUUCCAACCAGUGAAAUACCAGCCUUGUCAGAAUUUAUCACAAAUCAGGGAGAAUGAUAAUGGACAGCAAUAUGUUUAUAAUGUGUCACUCUCUCAAGGUGUGGAGACAGGACACACCAUGCUUUUGCAAUCAUGGAAAAAAAAUCUGGAUUAUUUUUUUCCAAUGUAUUCUUGCACCCUUGUAUUUUAGAGUGUCAUUAUUAAAUAAAUAUAUGUGCAAUUUUAAGUGAUGUUACUAUUUCUGAUAGAUAUUGUACUUUCGUUUACAAUUGUGGAAUCAGAGUACAGUGGAACCUCGGAACUCGAACUUAAUCCAUUCCCGAAAGCUGUUCGAGUCCUGAACUGAAUCAACAUUUCCAUAAGAAUUAAUGUAAAAUUGAUUAAUCCGUUCCAGACCCCCAAAAUUACAGCAUUUUACAAAGAUCACUCUAAUCACUCUAGAGAUCACUCUAAUAAUAAGCACCUUACAUUUAUUUGAGUGGUUCCUGCCUUUCAACUUACUAAACAUUUACUGUUGGCCAUUAUUACAAUUAUUUGUAAUAAUUGUCUGACUUGAAAAUGAGACAUGGCUCUUUGUUGUAUGUUCGGGUACCGAAGAUCGUUUGCUUACCGAGCCAUUUUUUACUCAUGGCUCUUUAUUGUAUGUUCGGGUACUGAAGAUCGUUCGCGUUGCGAGAAAUGUUUUACUCAAAAAAAAUUUUGACUUCCAAAUUCCUAGGUUCCACUGUAGAUGUUGUAUUUUUAAUCUGCUAAAUCAUAGAGAAAGCAUAGUGUGGGAACAAUGUAACCAAAACAUCACACAGUUCUUUGAUUCCCCUGGCCCUUCAGCAAAGAUCCUGAUUUGUGUGAUACAAGAAAUACUGACAUAGAACAUGUUUUAUUUGCUUCACUAUAGCAGCUAAAUUCAGAAGCAAAGAAUAUUACAAAAGGUAAGUGCAAAUUAAGUUACAAUUAUAAUUAAAGGAACAUCCCUCUGCUCAAAUAAGAAACACUGUUUAGUAUAUAUACCCUAUGAAACAAGUAUAUAUUUAAUUGUGCAUUUUUGUAAAUUGAGGGUAUAUCUAAAAACAGCUUGCAAAAUCUGUAGAUCUCAUUCUGAAGUCUUUACAAGCCCUCCCAUUCUAACCCAGCUCAGACUUUCUGUGGCUGUCCAAUCACAGACUCUCCAAUGCAGCUCAAUGAGAAGUCUUUGCAAGGCAGAUGUUCUGAGCAAUUGCCUGCCUCUUGAGUUUAGCUCCACUGAGCUAACCAAACCAGGAAGUAACAGGACCAGUUGUCUGGUUGACAACCAGGUGUAAUAUAAGUUAAAUUUUUUUUGAAAUCUACACUUUUUGUAAAAUUAAAAAAGAGAGCAUACUCUUCACAAAUAAACCAUUUCAUCAAGCUGAGGUGCUUUAGGGUUGUAAAGUGUCACUUUCGGACAAUAAAAAAUAGAUAUGUAAUGCUUUCUAAAUUCAGGUAUGUCACCACCUGUGUUUGAUGUAUGAUUAACACUAUCUUUAGUUAACAAGUGGAACACAUAAGAACUUGGCUAAGUCUGUCCCACAGAGAUGGCCCAUUAAAGGGGCAUUCUGUAACUACGUUUGAAGAGGUGAGAAUGUUUAAAUGCCACUUCUCCCGUUCUGGAGAAAAGCAGUUUUGCUAUUUGCUAUUAGUGAGUACCAGUAAAUGUCAUUUGGCAGCCAUUGCCAGCAGAAAGAUCCAGCUGAUUGAAGUUAAGAAGAAGCUCAAGAGCUCCCCCUGCCACAGAAAUGUAGUAUUUUUUUUUAGCCUACAUCUAUGAAGCUAAAAUAGCCAAAUUGUGGAGACUUUUUCCAAGUCAGCAUUUUUGCCUACGUUUUGCAGUUUGUUUUUUUUUCUUCACUAAAAUGUGAAUAAAGGCUUUCUGUGAUCAUGUGAAAAUUAUGCAUUUUUCCAGUCUUCUCUGCUGUGGGUCAGUAACUGAAUAACUUGACAAAACUAAUGUAUUAAAUCAACUGUUAGCUUGCCUUUAUAUUAUAGUCUUCAUUGUUGGUUGCCUUUACCUAACACAUCUGCUAUAUUGAAUGAGUUAAACAGGUAGUCUGUAUGUGAAACAGGUGUAUUGGAUAGUAAACACCUAUUUUCAGAUAAGUAAACAGGGCGAUGUCCACAUAGGAAUUCCUGCAGGCACAUGCUUUUUCUUUAUUGCAAUUUAUUUAUGCAGAAUAUAAUUUCAUAGAUAACAUUUCACCUAGAACAAGCAGGUAUAUUUUAUAGAUUCCAUAAUUACCUUAAAAAAAAAUAACAUUUGUGUGAAAUACUGAGUUAUUCACUAAAAUCUUACAUUGAACUGGCAUUUAAAGGAAACUCUGUUGAAAAUUUGAUGUUGGCUGAUGUGUUAUAUAUAUAUAUAUUUAUAAAUGUGUGUGUGUGUUUUAUGUGUUUUGUGUGUGGUGUGUGUGAGUGUGUGUAUAUAUAUAUAUAGUAUAGUGAAAAAAAUACACUACAUUUGUUGUUGUUUUUUAUCUUUGCUUGUGUGAUAGAAACAACUUAAUUGUUAAAAUAUUUAUAUUACGGGAAGCUUAACUUUUUUUUUUUUUUUUGAAUAAAGUUUAUUAGUGAGCACUUGUGUACGUGUAUGGCUGGCCAAAAUGAUUCACAGAAAGAUGUCUGUAAUUUUAAUACUAUAUGUACUUUUUACAUUUAUUAAUGCUUUUCUUAGCUAAGACAAAAAUAGGACAAGUGGGCAUGGAUGUAUGUAAUCGCCAAGUGUCAUGGUCAAGGCAGUCCAUUAGAAAGCCUGAUGGUCCCCCAAUGCAUUUGAGAUGGCGUGCAUGCCUUGUCUCCUGGUAGAGACAAUGUACAAGGAACUUUUGGUACUCUACAGAAGCCUUUGUUAUAGUGUGGUGAGAGGUACCCAUAAAAUGUCCAACUUCCAUCAUCCCAGAUCUAUGCUCAGUUCAAUUUGAAAGAUUUAUUUAAGUAAGUCAGAAAGGAGGGAGCAAGUGGGGAAAAAAUGUCCCUUUUAAAUGCAUAUGUUUUUGAUUUUGUUGUUUAAAGACACAUUAUCUCUUUACAUUUUCUGAAUGUCUUUCCAUAAGAACAUAAAACUUCAGACUUUGAACACCUGCUUUGAAUCUCAACUCCCUUAUAAUCGUGAUACAGAAUACAUGUUCCAGAUCUCCCCCUUUCCAUACAUGUUAGUGUGAUGGGUGGGAGUUCAAAUUUAGCUUCUUCUCCAAUAACCUCAUUCACAGGGAAUACAGUUAUUCACCCUGGUGACCUUUAAAAAAACAACCUGAAUUUCCACCAAAUCAGUGUGUCUUGCAUCAAGAGUAAUGUAUAAUAUUGUCACACACAACUGUGCAUUUACUGAAAAAUUACUAAAUAACAAUAUUAUUACAGGAUGUAUUUAUUAAACAAAGAAUUGAAAACCGAAUAUACAACAUUUAGGCUAGAAUGUCUCAAUGCAACUCUAUUUUUGUAAACUUUUGGAAAAAUGUAUAUACAUUUAUUCACAAUAUAGUAAAUAAAACUAAUUCAGAACAUGACAAAAAAAGAUUGCAGCACAAAAACCAUUACAUCUAAGAGACGCAUUGGUUUGGACCUCAGAUCACCAUAAUUAUUGAUCACAUGGAGGAUAAGUGGCUUGCUGUAGAGGUUAUGGUUCGAGAAGCAGAAGACACCAGUGCCCAGUGGACCCCAGUGAUGGAUUCAGGGGGGCCACUGGGCAAUUGCCCCUCCCCCGAGAAACUAGUACAGAGCUCCCUCUCCUUUGCCUCGCCUCCGGCUCUCCCCUGCAGGGCCAGCACUAUCCAAGCGCCAGCCCUGCUAUGUGUCUUCACGGACUGGAGGGGAAAUCGGAGAUCUUCCCUCCGGCCCACAGGCACAUUGCUGGCAGCUGGCAGGGGAGGGAGAAAGGACGUGGGGGAGCUCUGCUUGUAGCUCCGCCGGGUCUCCUCUCGUGAGGUCGGAGCUUUGCCACGGUUACCACGGCAACGUCCGAAUCUCGCGAGAGUGAACUCUAGCCACAGGAUCUGCAGGCCAGAGUUCACUCCCACCUGACAACCAAGAAUUCUCCACUGGACCACCAAGGAUUGACAAUGUUUCCCCCUCCCUGAACAAAGGUAAGAAGGGAGGAGUGAUAUAAAAUGUAAUCAUUUUUUAAUUAAAAAAAAAUUAUAUAUACAUUUUAUUUGCUCCUACCUGCUACCCAAAACACAAUACCCACUCACAGACAGCACUCCUCACUGCACCCCUCAAUCACACACUGCCUCCCCAUACACACAUUGCCCACCAUACACUCACUGCCCCCCUCACACACACUGCACCCCUCACACACACACACUGCCCUCCCAUAGUCACUGCACCCCUCACACACACACCUCACCCCCACACUGCACCCCUCACUCACACACACUGCCCUCUCAUACACUCACUGCACCCAUCACUCACACACAUUGCCCUCCCAUACACACACUGCACCCCUCACACACACACACUGCACCCUAUCACUUACACACACUGCCCCAUACACUCAGAGCGCCCCUCACACACACUGCACCCCCACACACACUGCACCCCUCACACACACACACACUGCCCCAAACAUACACAUAAUGCACCUCACACACUACACCACUCAUAGACACACACACACUGUAUCCCUCUCACACACUACACCCCUCAUACACACAGACACACACUGUACCCCUCACACACACUGUACCCUUCACGCACAGACACUAUUGCCCCUGUUCCCUACUACAAGCCCUAACACCUACCCCGACAAACCCCAGAUAAGUUGUCAAACUGUUCUUAAACGGUUUGACUACUUACUCUGGGAGGGUGCCACGACACUCCUGGCACCAUAACCACCACAGUGAGCUGUAGUGGUCAUUGAGCCUGGAUUGUUUCUAUAAAUAACCAUGCGCCCCUCCCGAGGAUUUGGUUCUGGAUCCGCCCCUGGUGGACUCAGGAUAAAGAGUCAAACUAUUAGCAAAUUAUUUGAUUCCUUAUGUUGGGAAGGGUGCCAAGGUACUGGAGUGAUCCAGGGAACAUAUGGUAUACAUUGCAAACUUUGUAACACUUUAGCUGUUUAACCACCCUGUAACUCCACAUCAUGGGGGCGUCAUUAGCCAUCAUAGGAUGAGUUCCUGUCAGGAAAAUGUCAAUUUAGUGCGCAUUCAGCACCAGGCAACCAGUGGUGACAUGCCCCUUCACCCACUGUUCAGCCCCUGUGUCCCUCAGCUUGAAGGGCAGCACUGUCAAUACAGGAUGAUCAGGCUGCAGGGAGAACUUGGCCUCAGUGCAGGAACAGAGAUACAUUUUAGCUAUAUUAUUUUUAUUUUUUUUACUUGGGUGGGAUAAUUUCCAAUAUUGGAAAGGCAACUCCAAUCAAAACUAGGGUUUUGGUAAAAAAAAAAUUUUUAGUUUGGAGUGACCCUUUAAUUUUAAUACUGUUACUGGCAAAUUAUUAAUCAUAGUUUAAACACAACUUUUGUAGUUCCCAAGUUUGCCAUAUAGAGGAGGUCAUCCCUGUAUUAAUUUUUAUUACUUGUACUUGGCAGUGGGUGGCAACAGGUGUUCAGUUUUUUUUUCCCUCGCACACAGCUUUAUUGGAAGCCAAAUCACAACGGGUAGAGGUACCACAGAGGCUCCUAAAGCUUAAUGAUAUCAGUCAGCUCAAGUGAUGAUGAGGUGUAGUUAAUGUUUAAGUAACAGAUUUUUUGUGUGUAGUUUAUCCUGCCUUAGCUGCUGGAACUGAAUCCUUUGCCAAAUAGUUCUAUUUCCCUGGACCUGUAUAUAAUAAAACAAAUGUUCUUCUCUUUUUAAACUAAUCGUCUGGAUUACUGUACAGUUGUGAUUGACAGAAAGUGACAGAAUUAUCCCACCCUACUAGUGGCUGUGUGGAUGUUCAAGCAUCAUAACUAAAAUUAGUUAUUUUUGGCACAUUAGAAUUUAACUAUAAAUGACUUUCUCCAUAUUUCAUGAAUCUGUGCUGCUUGGUGUAUUAUAGAGAGGGACUAAAGGCCUUUAAGAGUCAUAUAAUUUUUGGCAGACAAUAUAUAUAUAUAUAUAUAUAUAUAUAUAUACUUAUCCUCCAUGUGAUCAAUAAUCAUGGUGAUCUGAUCUCAGGUCCAAGACAAUGCGUCCCAUAGAUGUAAUGUUUUUUUUGUGCUUCAAUCUUUUUUUGUCAUGUUCUGAAUUAGUUUUAUUCACUAUAUUGUGAAUUGUUUUGAAACGUGUGUAUAUAUUGCUUUUUUGCAUACACACACACAUAUUUAUCCUUUUAUAUAUAUAUAUAACUCAAUAUUUUAAGAUAGAUAGAUCAAUGUUCUGUUAUUCAUUCUUUAUUAGUUCACUGUUUAUUAAAUACAAUUUGGUGUUCUCUUAUUCCCUUUACUUAAUUUAUCCAACACUUGGGAUAUCGUGAGGAGUAUAUGAAUUUAUAAUAACUAAUUAUGAUAUAGUUAAUGCAUUAAGGUAAAUCUUAUAUUGUGGAGUUCUGGAAUUAUCGUUAUAAACCACAGGCAGAUAGCAGCUGCAGCCCUUAACCCCCUCACUACCAAAAUUGAGCAUACACAUUUUUUUUUGCAUGUAUUUUGUAAGGAGGAAGUUAGUCAGUAAAACCUCUUUCAUCCUCAUUUAUACUCUAGUAAUGAUUACCAACCUGUAGAGGAACACAUUCCUCUGCAUGAAGCCACUAAUAAAUUAUAUAUAAUGCCAGCAAAUUAGCUGAAAAUGUAAGCUCACCUCCUGCUUUUUAAACAGGUAGGAAGUUUCAAUAGUUCAUAUCAUUCCUACAGACAGGUAUUUGCGGUCCAUAGAGUGAUAAAGAUUGCCAUAGUAAAGAAUUGGGAGGCAAGUGCGAAUGUGUGUCAAAGCGCAGCACCAAUCUGUAUCUCUUCAUAGAGAUGCUUUGAAUCAAUCAUCUCUAAGGGGAACGUUUACCACCUCCAUGCAGAGAGUGGAGAAACUGAAUGCCAGUGCAGCCCACUAUGCAGAAGUGACACAGGAAGACCUCUAGUGGCCCUCUGAGUGACUGCCACUAGAGGUUUUACUAGGCACCAACGUAAACAAUGCCUGUUCUCUAAAAAGGCAGCAUUUACUUUGAAAAGACUGCAGUGACAAUAUGUAUUUGUUCUUUUUUUACCAUAGUAUCCCUUUAAGUGUAACUUUAAUAUCAGGCAGUUUAGGACACAUAUUAGGGAUUAGGGGCUAUGCAUUGUGGUAGUCAACCUGUGCAUUACAGGCAAUAAUACAUUGAUACAUUUAGUUCUAUAAUGUUACCAUGUAAGACAUACUUUCAUCGGUUAAAAACAUCAGCAGGGUUAUUCAAAAUAAGAAUGCCCCCAAAAUGGAUUACCAGAAAUAAUCCAUUGCCUUCAGGGAGCUCUCCAACUGCAAAAUCCUGCUAUGUCCUCAAAAAUGUGUAUUUUUCCUGUGUUCCCAUUAUUAAGGGGAUGAUGCUUAUCAAAUUAUGGAAUUGCAUUGCCUAUUUUUUGCAAUGUGGACACUUUAGUCAGUUGGCCUGGGAAUCUAUUAACACGUUUACCGCAAACUGGCAAGGUACUGGUUUGCUGCAUAGAACACAAUAAUGUAUCCUGAGCUUCCUAAAUUUGAUAUGACCAUGUGUGACUGAAUGAACCUACACCAGACAAUGACAAAAUGUUUUCAUUUUAAAUUUGCAAUUGCCUCAUACCAUCCCUCAUGCAAACAUGCAAAUCUUUAAAGACGUAUCCUUGGCCAGAAAUGCUCAAAAUAUGUUUCCAUGUUUCCUGAACACAUUUCCUUUAAAGAUAACUGCUUUUAACUGUUAGUGAACUAUUGUCAUUGAACAUUAGUGUUGAGUGCAAGAAUAUUGUGGAUUAGCAAUGGAGUCUCACUUUACUUCAGUGCAUUAUGUGGUAAUCAUAUGUACAUGUUUUCUAUAAUGAUUGUGUGGCUGAGGAAAAUAUAAGAAAAUAUAACAUUGUCAGACUACGGGCCUGCAUCAAAUUAGCAAAAGAAAAAUGUCUCCACUAAGGAAAACAAUGGGAGAUAAUGUAUAAAAUGUUUAGUAUUCUGAAAACUGGUCUAGAGUACUUAAUGUGAGGCAGUCACCAUGGAAACCAGAGGAAGCGGCAGGCAUAUUGUAUUGGUGACUCUACCCCUUUUCCAUGUUUGCACCAUUUUUCUGAACAUGACACUUUUUCUUUUUUUUUUAUAAAUAAACCCUAAUAUUUCCUGCCCUUACUAUUACCACCAUGUUUGUUUCUUGUAUUUUUCUUGUGGGUUUUAUUUUUCUGUGCAUUUUGAUAAAGGAAUGUCUUUUCUGGUCAUCCCAUAAUUAAUACACAUAUUUAGUAUAAAUAUUAUUUUCAUCUAACCACAAAAGAUAGUAAUGUUAGCUGUUCUUCUUAUUUCAGAGUGGAGGCGGCCAUUUUUUAUUACGCGCCACAAUUUUCAGUCCUUUAGUGACAGAUACUGGUAUAUAACAGCAAGACAGAUACAGGAAGACAGGAAAAGUCAAGCAGUGACCCUUAUACUUACAGAUCACCAAAAGGCUUGUGGAAUUGCGGUGUUGUCUUCUUCUUUUUCUUAUCCUCCCCUUCCUCCCAGUGGUAGAGUUAAUAUUAAUCAUUCUGAAUAGGCAGUGUGAUCCCAAAUUCACUAUUUUGAAAUACACAUAUGUUUUACUCUAAAUGUCUUACUCGUCAAUAGGUAUAAGGCAAAAGCAUCCUUUGGCUCCAGUCAUGCCCAAAAUAACAAAAGUCUGUCAUUUCGAAUGAUAGGAAUUACAUACGGAAUACAUAUUUCUUGUUUAUACAUUGUAUCUUAAUUAAUUUUCUUUUAAAGGCUGCCAGUAGGCAUACAAUAGUCAUUUCCAUUCUAAUUUGAAUCAGCAUUGUGAAGCUGUGGGAAAUUACUCUGUUAAAAAAUAAAAAUGGUUUAUGAUGUUUUCAGUUUCAUAAGAAAAAACAUCAAAUUGAUGUAAUAAUCUAAUUUGCCUUGCCUUUUUGGGUUACGGAUAGAACGUUAAAAGAGGUCACUGCUGGGACAUAGAAUUUAUAAAAUCCAUUAAAGAAACACCGUUUGUGGCUUGUAUUUGUUAAGGGGGGGGGGGAGGAUAACCAAACCAACAAAGUAGUUGAAUGAGAUCAAUGUUAAACGCGCAUCCUUUUUGUACACCAAUUGCUGUUGAGUUGUAAAUGUGCCACAAAUCGCUGUUUAGUGAAUACACUUCUUAUUGUACGUGAAUAUCACCAUUAAAGAAAUGCUAUAGUGUUCGGAAUACAAAUAUAUAUACCUAACACUAUAAUGUCCCUUCUGCCCCAUGAUCCCUUUCUUUCACCUACCUGAAUACAGCGUUUAUGUCCCUCAUCAGCUGAUGGGGGGAAGCUUAACACAAUGCUUUCGUAUGGGUUUUGCGUGAUGCUGGAUGCCCUCAUGCACAGCGUGAGGUCAUCCAGCAUCGUUUCAUGGAGUCAAACUCCAUGAAACUGCAGUGAUUGUAUGGUAGACAGUCACUAGAGGCAGUCUUAACACUGCAAUGUAAACAUUGCAGUUUCUUUAAAACACUGCACCCAGACCUCUUCAAUGAGAGGAAGUGGUCUGGGUGCCUAGAGUGUGCGUUUAAAAUUGUAUCAUGCAUGAAAUCUAAAGCCUAAAUACAAUAAAGGACAACAGUUAUGAUUGAUUUAAAAAUUGGAUGUGGAUUUCCUUUUGUGAAGAUAACGUUUGAUUUUAAAGGGACACUGUAGUUACCCAGACCACUUCAGCCCAUUUAAGUGAUCUGGGUGCCAACUCCCAUCACCCUUAACCCUGCAAGUGUAAUUAUUGCAGUUUUUAUAAAAUGCAAUAUUUACAUUGCAGGAUUAAGUCCUCUUACCAGACAACCACUAGAGGGACUUCCGGCUUCUUAGACAACUUUUUGUCGUCUAAACGACCCUGGAUGUCCCUACGCUAUGCAUGAGGACCUCCAGUGUCGCUGGAAUCCCCAUAGAAAAGCAUUUAAUGCUUUCCUUUGGGAAGGUCUAAUACGCGCGGAGUGGGAGAAGCGUGGAUUCAUGUAAGUUUCUGAAGGGGUUUAACCCCUUCAGCGAUGUGGGAUGGGGGGCACUCCAAGAUUCUACAGUGCCAGGAACACAGGUUUGUUUUCCUGGCACUAGAGAUUCCCUUUAACAAUUUGUUGUGAAAUCGUAGCAUACAAAUUAAAAAAAAAAAAACUUUACAAAUAUUUGCAAAAUAUAUGUUAGUGUAUGUGUGUGCUUGUACAGUCACAUGCUUUUUCAUAACAAAUUGUUAUAUCUCGGUUCUUCUGUUCCUAGGUAUGGGCUGAGUAUCAGUACCUUAUAAUUUUGAAUAGAGCACCAUCUACUGGUUCCUAUUUUUUUUUUUUCAAGCUUUUGAAAAUGCUGAAGACAGUAUAAAAAGGCUUACGUUUGGUAAACUUUUAAAAGAGAAUCGAUACAGUUUUGAGCAGGAGGGAAAUUGUUUAACACAGCGCUAACGUUUAAGGAAUUGAAGGCACCUGUAAGGCUGUGAAUAGGCUGACAGAUAAGUCAGUUGGUUAAAACACCAUCUGUAGAACCUGUUCGUAAAAUAGAGUUGUAGGUCCUAUUCUUGACUGCAUCCACCUUCAAAGGUCAAUAAAAUUAGUGGCAUUAAAUUGGAUAGCAGUAACAUUCUUUCCCUAAUGUUUGACUUAUAAUCUCUGUCCCGGGGUCCUCUAGUUUGGAAUAGUUGGUCUCUAAAAAGAUGAGUUAUAAGCUAACAUGGUUAAACAAGAGAGACCCAUGAAAUAAGAGAGGGUAUGAUUCUCAAAGCAGAAUGUGGGUGAGUCCCAAACAGUAGAAACCACAAAAUACUUUUUUUUUUUUUUUUAAGCAAAGAUAAAGUUCCCUUUGCAGAAGCAUUAAGCAAUUUAGCAACAAUAAAAUGUAGUUAAUAACCAGGACUUUAGCUUUAGAAGAGGACAUCACCUAUUAGUCUGGCAUGACUUCGUGUUCCUGCUCUAGGCCCUCCACUUCCUCUAUCAGAUAAUGGUGUCUGCGCUAAAAACAUUUUUUUUUUGUAUUCUGGAAAGUAAUGGAUGAAUUUAGAUUUUUUGUUUUUACUUUUAAUUACUUAAUGGAAACAAAACACAAUUUUUGUUGGACAAGAAUAGUUUAAAAAAAUAUUGAAUAAUUAGUUACAAUUACGAAAACAGUUUUGUAAAUAAAUAACCAUUUUAAUUAAGUAACUGGAAUUUCUCCUUGCAAAUGCUGUAAACUGUUUACAUUGUCACUAUCUGCUAGCCAUCUAUUCAUUAUCCCUAAUGUACUCGUACCAUCUAUAUAUACCCAAACACACAGAAAUGCACACACUGACAGACACACAGUCACACAUUGAUACAUGCACACACAGACCCAUUUUUACCCUCUCUCUCCUCUCUCUGCCUCCCAGACAUCCUUUGACCCUAUGUGUAACGGAUCGCCUGGCACCCCGACUGGGUACCUCCGUUGAAGGAUGCUCCUAGCGCUUCCUGAGGACUCCAAGCACUGCAGCAGACACCACAAUCACCGAACCAGAGAAGCGUAUACCUUCUCUCAAGCAUAUGAAUGCUGUAGACAGUUGAAUAGGAACCAUACGAAUAGGUUUACUCUCCUAGCAGUCAAACUGGAACAGCAUACAAUGAAUCCUUCCCCCAAUAAUGAGACGACACUUCACUUUGAGGGUUAAAACAGGAACUCUCUGUACUGUCACAUACAGUCUCUUUUAUUCCCAAUCCACAAACAUAGUACAGCCCACAGGGCGUUACAAAACAACCAAUCAAUCCGUACAAUACACCCAGACACUCCCACACAAAAUCCUCCCCUCUGCAUGUGAUAUGAUUACUGAACACAAUGGGUAAUCUCAUUAUCACCGGCAGAGGAAUACAGUUUUUACACAAUAUUUAUAACUUCUAAAAUAUACAUGUCACAAACAUAAAACAUACAUUUUCAUAAUCAAUCCAUUCAGGGGAACAACAUAUUAAAAAAUGGCACGAAUCAGACCAGGGGUUCAAAAGUUAAGGGAAAGUCCUUUGUGACUAAAUGAAGCAUGGCUUUCCGGCCCAAACCAGUUUCAGAAUCUUCUAUCCUGGAGAUUGAAUUGAGAAGUAAUUCAAUUAUCUCCCAGGACAGACACAAGACUCCAUUAAGCACAUGGUUGCAAAAAGACACAAAACACUUUAAAAUACAUAAAGUCACCUUUUACACAUAAGACACAGACAUUUCACAUAUCCCCAGAUAGCUGGGAUCUGAGCGCACAAAACUACCGAAUAGCGCUCAGAUCCUAUUCACACAGUUCAAUUGCCAUGGAGCCGAAGUCUUUAACUACACGAAUGGGCUCCAUGGCAUAGCUAUCUGGGUUAACACAUUCACAUAAAGUCUGGUCCAUAGUCCAAAGGCAAGAGGCGGGCAAGCAGCCCCCUCCAAGGACACGUGGCGAGGCCGGUUUCGCCACACUAUGUGUCUAGCGGUGUGUAUAGUUUCCUGAACUCUAAAUCUAGAGUACUGGCAGCCCCAAUUUUACUCCUUCAGAAAACUUACUCCGAGUGCUCUAAUAAAGUCACGUGGGAGUGAAGGGACACCGCGGUUGAGCACUUUUCCACUGAGCAUAGCCGCGUUCGUACUCUAAUUCUGUGUGUUAUGGUUACUGUGUGUGCAUGACUCUGCGUAUGUGUCAGGGAAUGAAUGUGCGUGCAUGUGUGGAUUUGUCGGGGUGUUUGUCGGAGCUUAACAGUGUGUGUGGAGGUGACUGUAUGUGGGGUGGGGGAGCAGUGGUCAAACUACCAUGGUCGCAGGGGUCACAACCACCCUGCUGGCCCCUGUGACAGUAUGCCGCCGGAAGGUGGGGGUGCAGAGAGUCUCCUAUCACAGGGGACCCACCUUAGGGCACCUCCAAAUCGGCGCUUAUCCAGUAAGGCAUAGUAGGCACCUGAUUACUUGGAUGGCAGGUGCCUACUCUCCGGUGAGGGCAGGAGGCAGGUAGCACUGAUCUAGCAAGGGAGCACUGAUCCCUCUGUGAUGCCGGGAGCCGGAAUAUGAUGUCAUUCUGGCCCCGGCAUACUAAACAGUGUGUGGGAAGAGAGAGGAACUGCCAGAUUACAGCACAGCCCCACACUGGAGCCCAGUGAGAGAACCCAGACCAGCUCUCCCAAAGGUAGAGUGGCUGAAUAGGUAAAAUGUAUUUGUGAGAGUGUGCAAUAAUGUGUGAGUGUGUGUGUAUGUGUCAGUUUGUGUGACUGUCUGUGCGUUUGUGUGUCAGUAAGUAUGUGUCUGUCUAUGUGUGUGUGUUUGUGGAUGUGUGUGUGUUUGUGUCUGUCAGUGUGUGUGUCUGUCACACACGUGGGUGGGAGAGACACAUGGAGGGGUUUGGGGGGUGGGAGAGACACAGGGUGGUGGAAGAGACAAAUGGAGGAGUUGGGGGUUGGGAGAGAAGACGUAGGGGGUUGGAGAGACACAUGGAAGGGCUAAGGGGAGAAUGAGACAAGUGGAGGGGAUGGGGGAAUGAGACACGUUGAGAGACUGGCGGGGGGCAUGAGAAACAUGGAUGGGUUGGCAGGGGGAAUGAGAAACGUGGAGGGGCUGGCAUGGGGGGGGGGAUGAGACACAUGAAGUGGCUGGGGCCUGGGGGCAUGAGACACAUGGGGAGCCCCAGGGAAAAUUUUGCACCGGUGCAUGGUGGUUUCUAGUUACACCUCUGGGAAGGUCACUGCACAGGGAGACUCUAGUGAAAAGAAGUCCACUUCACAUUAGUCAGGGGCAAUGAUCCCAAAUACUUGGUAGUCCAAUGAGGUUACGAUUUGGCUCAGUGUUUCAGCGGUCUGACAUUCCUAUUGUGAAAGAGUACUGAGCAGGUCUGUGAGAUUUCUCAACUGCCCACACCGAAAAGGUGUCAUCUCAGAGCUGACACUCUUCUAGUCUUCUACUUGCAUCGAUAACUUACUGGAUUGAUACACUCCCCAACCCCAAUUGCAAAUGAAAAUAAUUUGCAGUAACCAAGUUUUGCCUGCAGUUAUGCAUAAUUCUGGUGUAUGGAAUGGAACAUGUUUUGAAAAUUGCGUAUUCAUGAUCUUGGUAGUGAAUGGGUUAUUGUCAUGUAUUGUGGUAAAGUGAUAAACACAUCCAUCAGACAGUUAAAAAAAACAUUUAUUUUUCAUGUUAUUAGCUGAAAAUGAAAACACAUGUAUAUGUUUGGAAACUGCCAAAAAAUGCAAAAUAUAUUACUAUACACAAUGAUAAUAUUAAUCUAACAUCAUAUUAAAUGCACUGUAGUCUCCUUACGUUUUAUUUUGUAAUUAAUACAAAUAUACCUUUUAUACCUCUGUUUAAUAUAUCCCCUAGCUUACCUUUGCACAUUUGAUUACAAACUAGGAAUUUUUACAAACUAUGACUGCCAAGACAUUUUUUCUUAGAUUGUUGCAAAAUGCUUCAAACUGUUAUUUAUUUUUAUUUUUUUUGCCUUCUUUUGGAUCAACAGAAGAAACAGAUGUGAGAAAUGGUGAACUUAAUGGACGCAAGGCUUUUUUCAGCCUGUGGUGCUAUGUUUGCACUGUGGAGAUGGCCAUCGUUAAAGGGCACUAUAGUCACCAGAACAACUACAGCUUAAUGUAAUUUUUCUCGUGUCUAUAGCCUGUCUCUGCUGGCAUUUUAAUGUAAACACUGACUUUUUCAGAGAAAAGGCAUUGUUUACAUUAUUGCCUAGGGGCAACUCCCAUUACAGUCACUCAGACAGCCACUAGAAGUGUUUCCUGGGUCAGUAUAUCCACGACCUGCAUGGAGGCGCUGAACAUUCCUCAUAGAGAUGUACUGAUUCAAUAGAGCCUAUGAUUUUGUAUUUUACGUAAUAAAAAGCAACGGUGUUUUGUUUUUUAAAGCGUACUUUAAUUAGUUGCCCUGCACUGAAAUAGUUCUGAAAGGAAUCUUUAUGAUAACCUUCACCUGCAAUUUGCAAUAGAAUUAAAAGGUCAUUUGAAAUGCUACCAUGUGAUUGUUUUAAAAUAAGCCUUUCUUAACUUUUUCAGAGCUGAAUUACAAAAACUGCUUAAAGCAGCAUCUCAAAUUCUGCCCCCACCCCCCAACACAAACAGACACAUGUUGCUGAACUACAACUCCCGUGAUUCUAUGGCCAUCUAACACUUUUAAGGGAUUAUGAGAAGUGUAGGCCCUCAACAUCUGUUUGCCAGAGUUUGAGAUCCCUGCCUUAGAGGGAACAUUUAACCCCUUAAGGACACAACUUCUGGAAUAAAAGGGAAUAUUUCCGUCAUGUGUCCUUAAGGGGUUAAAGUACUGAAUUGUAACAGUGCUGAUAAUUGCAUCAAUGAAGGUAAAGCACUAUCGUUUAUAAAUUAUUAGAGGAUUGUAGAUUUAUGAUCAUUUCUCUAAAAAAAAGACAGUGAUGCCUCUUUAAAUUGCCAAUUAUGGGAGUCCCAUGUUAAAUUACAAAAAAAUGGAUACAUGGUGGCUAUGAAUGAAAUAGAGAAAUUUGCUGCUUGUGUUCUUUGGUAUCUUUCCAGUCCCUUUGAACAUGCUGAAUAUACACAUGCUGCACUUAUAUUUUCCAUACAGUUCAACUUUACAGCUCUCUGGUGUUUCCUAACAUUUAAGCCCGUGUUACUGCCAGGUUUGGAGUGUGGGCACAAUCACAGCCCAUGAAUGCUACUCAGCAAGGUUGUUUUAAAUAAAAAUAUUGUUUUAUUUCUAUAUUGUGUUGUGUCCAUGGACAUUUAUAACCAAAAAAUAUUUUAUUUUUUUAAAUUGUUAUUAUUAUUAUCGCAAUUUAUAUAGCACCAACAGAUUCCGUAGCGCUUUACAAUAUUAUUAGAGGGGGUAUUUAACUAUAAUUAGGACAAUUACAAGAAAACUUACAGGAACAAUAGGUUGAAGAGGGCCCUGAUCAAACGGGCUUACAGUCUAUAGGAGGUGUGGAAUAAAACACAUUAGGACAGGAAAUAGCAAUCAAAUUAGGUGGGUGAAGCAGAGCUUGAGGAGAGAAUAGAGAGCUGCCCUUUAGGAGAGAGCACGAGACAGGUAUGUGAGGUAGAGGUUAGUCUGGCAGGCCAUCGGCUUUCCUAAAGAAAUGGGUUUUAAGGCACUUCUUAAAAGAUGCAAGACUAGGGGAGUAGGCAGGCUAUUCCAUAGGAAGGGAGCCGCCCGCAAGUCCUGCAAACGCGAGUUGGCCGUACGGGUGCGAGCAGCGGACAGAGGAAGGUCACGGGCAGAGCGGAGAGACCGAGAAGGGGCAUACCUAUAGAUCUGUGAGGAGAUUUAAGAGGAGCUAAAAUUGUUCAGUGCUUUAUAGGUAUGGUUUAGCACUUUGAAUGGACUCCUAUAGUAUACAUGAAGCCAAUGUAAGGACUGAUAGAGUGGUGAGGUGUGAGAGGACCAACUAGAGAGGAAAAUCAGUCUAGUGGCAGCAUUCAUUACAGACUGUAGCGGGUCAAUACGGCUAUUGGGAAGACCAAUUAGGAGAGAGUUACAAUAGUCCAUGCGAGUCCAUGCGAGAGAUUACUACAGCAUGGACAAGCUCUUUAGUAGCAUCUUGUGUAAGAAAGGGGCGGAUGCGGGCGAUGGUUUUUAAGGUGGAAUUGGCAUGAUUUGACAACAGACCGGAUGUGAGGCUCAAAGGUGACGCCAGUAUCAAAAGUAACACCAAGACAAUGUGCUUGUAAGGAUGGGCUGAUAUGGGUACCGCCAAUCUGAAGGGAGAACGAGAGAGGAGGAUUAAUACCAGGAGAAGGAAAGGCAUGAAGUUCUGUUUUGGAAAGAUUCAGUUUCAGAAAGCAGGAGGACAUCCAGUCAAGAGGUGACACAUUGCAGGACAUCAGGGGAGAGGUCCAGGGAGAAGAGAUAUAUUUGGGCGUCUCACUCUAUUUAUUUCUGCCUCCCUGUCUCUUUAUAGAUACCUAAGCAUGCUUAUAGAAGCAUUAAUAAUAGGAUAGAGAACCUCCAACAGACAUUAAUCAUGGUCACCUAUUACUGGGAUUAAAGGAUAAUGAGAGAACAUAUAAGAACUUGGGAGUCACAGUUAAUGGAAAAAGUUCCAGUCUCUGUUAUAACUACAAUGGGCGCAACUAUUAUUACAAUUAUUACUAUGUGUGUGUUUAAUUGUUAUUUUUAGUAGAAAGUAAAAUGCUAAAUGUUUUUGUCCCCAUCAAUAUUGAAACAUAAUCAUAAUAGUUUUCUUCUUGUACAAUACGUACAGGCUUCAUGCUACAGAUACAGUCUCUCUCUGAUUCACAUUGUUUCAAAUGGUUUAACAGAAAAUGGAGGCUAGAUAUAGGCAAAUUUGUCUCUCCGUACAGCAAAUAAUAUGCCACAAAUUCAUACUAUAUAUUAUCAAAAAUGAUACAAACCCAAAAGCGUCCUUAGUAACCAUCACGUUCCUCUGAAUAGUGUAAUGUUCCAUAGUUAGUCUAUACAGACUCAGUGCUAAUAACAACCCUUAAAGAAUAAAAAUGACAGAUUACAAGAUCAUCGUUAUUCACUAAGUUUCGAUUGGCCCUCUAUGGAAAGGGGCAAAACCAUUUGGCUGCAUACGGAACUAUUUGGACUUCAAAAUCUGGACAUUAUUGAUGCUAUUCAACAAUGUCCAGGUCUUGCAAUUCAGUCCCUGAACAGGCUUGAAUUUGUUUUAGAUUUCAUUCAAACUGAUUGCCACUGUACAGACAAAAUUUAAACUGAAUGCGCCCCAUUAAAAUUAAAAGUCCCGCACACCCUUACCCUACUACAAUGUAACUAAUAGUAAAAUAAAAACAUAUGCCAUCUUCUAUCUUCUAAUCUUUUUUUUUCAGCCCCCCAAGGACAAAUUAAAAUACAUAAUGCCCUAUGCAAAUAAUGAAAAUAAACCAAAAUGUGAUUCAGAUAGUGAAUAACCCUGUAUUUAACUCCAUCGCUCAAUUCAAAUUUCAAUCAUGCACUUAUUAUACAUUAUACCCAGGGCUGCCAUCAGAAAUUGUGUGGCCCCUGACACAGCUCAAGGUCUGGCCCCCCCCCCCGGGGUCUUGCCCCCAAGUCCACCCACAGACCCGCCCCCAAGUCCCCCCACAUGCCUGCACCCAAGUCCGACUACAGGAUUGUACUGAUUGUGGUGUGUGUAUAGUGAAUGUAGAAUGUGUAUAGUGGAUGCAGAGUGUGUGUGUAAAGUGGAUGCAAGGUGUGUGUGUGUGUAAUGGAUGCAGUGUGUAUAGUGGAUGCAGACAGGGCCGGCCUUAGGUGUUCAGGCGCCCUGUGCGAAACAAUCUUGUGGCGCCCCCCCCCCCCCUCACCUGUCUCUGUUUGGACCCCUUCAAACUAUUUUAGGAGCAUUCACAAUCUGUUGCCUCCACCCCCUUCUACAAAACCACUGCACCUCUUAACCAAAAUCCCUGGCCAGAUCUUCACCAAGCCCCUGGCCACCACUUCAUCAAACUCCUGGCCACCCCUUACCCUUCAUCAAUCCCCUCCCACCCCUUUAUCAAUUCCUGCCACCCCUUCAUCAGUCCCCUGCCCCUCUCAUCAAUUCCCUCCCACCCUUUACUCAGCCCUCUGCCCCUAUUCAUCAGCCGCCUGACCCCCUAAUCAAUCCCCUCCCACCCCUUUAACAGCCCUCUGCCCCAUUCAUCAGUCCCCUGACCCCCUCACCAAUCCCCUCCCCCUUUUAUCAGCCCCCUGACCCCCUCAUCAGUACCCUCCCACCCCUAUCACCCACCUGCCCCCCUUUAAUCAGUCCCAUGCCCCCCUUUUCAACCCCCUGCUCCCCUUCAUCAGCCCCCUUAAUACAUCCCAUGCCAAAUAAUCCAACCCCUGGCCACCCCUUCAUCAGUCCCCUGCCCCCUCAUCAAUUCCCUCCCACCUAUUUAUCAGCCAUCUGCCCCCAUUUCAUCAGCCCCCUGAUCUCCUCAUCAAUCCCCUCCCACUCCUUUAUCAACCACCUGCCCCCUUUAAUCAGCCCCAUGCCCCCCUUUUCAGUUUCCUGCCACCCUUUAUCAGCCCCCUUAAUAAAUCCCCUGCCAAUUAAUGCAAUCCAUGCCACCCCUUCAUCAAUCCCCUGCCCCCCUUAAUUAAAUUCCUGCACCUCUUCAACAAAACCUAUUUAAUAAAAAAGAAAAAAAAAGUCACUCACAGUAAAGGCUGCUGCUCCCUGGACUGAGCUGUCUCCGCCGAUUGAAGAGCACCGGGUGCCGCCUUCACUCACUGAAUUGGAUCCUUCCGCGGCUCCCUCUGAUGACAGAGCACGUCGACGUUACGCAAGUACGCGGCAUAACGCCCCCACGCUCCUCCUCCACCCUCCAUACAGAAGUGGAUUCCCGGCGGCGGCUCUCUGCUCAUAAUUUGCAAGUCAAGUGCAAAGCAGUAUUAUGCACUUGACUUGCACUUUAAAUACAGAACUCGGCCGGCCCGCGAGCUGUGUUGGCCGCCCGGCGCCCCUGUUGCCAUGGCGCCCUGUGCGGCCGCACAGCUCGCACACCCCUAAGGCCGGCCCUGGAUGCAGAUUGUACAUUUGUGUAAUGUAUGAGGUUUAUAUUAGAUGCAGAGUGUGUGUUUGUGUAGUGGAUUUAGUGUGUGUGUAUAGUGAAUGCAGAGUGUGUGUUUGUGUAGUGUUUGUGUGUAAAAGAUGCAGUGUGUAUUGUGCAUGCAGAGUGUGUUUGUGCAGUGUGUGUGUCUAGUGAAUGCAGAGUGUAUGUGUUAGUGUAGUGUUUGUGUGUAUUAGAUGUGGUGUGUAUAGUGAAUGCAGAGUGUGUGUUUGUGUAGUGGAAGUAGUGUUUCUAUGUAUUAGAUGCAGUGUAUAUAGUGAAUGCAGAGUGUGUGUUUGUGUAGUGCAUGUAGUGUGUGUGUAGUGAAUGCAGAGUGUGUGUUUGUGUAGUGCAUGUAGUGCGUGUUUUAUGUAGUGGAUGUAUUGUGUGUUUAUGUAGUAAAGACAGAGUGUGUAUAGUGAAGGCAGAGUGUGUGUUUGUGUAGUAGAUGUAGUAUGUGUAUAGUGAAUGCAGAAUUGUUUAUAGUGAAGGCUGUUUGUGUGUAUUACAUGCAGUGUGUACAGGGAAUGUGGAGUGUGUGUUUGUGUAGUGCAUGUAAUGUUUGUGUAUAGAGGAUGCAGUGUGUGUUUGUGUAGUGUGUGUAUAUUGAAUGCAGAGUGUGUAUUUGUGUAGUGUGUGUAUAAUGAAUGCAGUGUAUGUGUUUGUGUAGUGCAUGUAUAGUGAAUGCAGUGUGUGUGUUUUGUGUAGUGUGUGUUUAGUGAAUGCAGUGUUUGUGUAGUGUGUGUAUAGUGAAUGCAGUGUGUGUGUUUGUGUAGUGUGUGUGUAUAGUGAAUGCAGUGUGUGUUUGUGUAGUGUGUGUACAGUGAAUGUAGUGUGUAUAGUGAAUGCAGUGUGUGUUUGUGUAGUGUGUGUAAAAUGGGGGGGCAUUUUUAUUUUAAAAAAUAUUUUAUUUCUAAACAUUUUGUUUUACUCCACUGGUGGUCCAGUGGCAUGGACUCUGCAGAGGGGGCCCGCAGCACACUCUCACUAACCACUAACCUUCCCAGUAGGCAGCUACCCUGUCAAACUCUCGCGGCCUGUGUGCCGCGCGAGCGUUGCCAUGGUAACCCAUGGCAACAUUCUAACAGCUGCAGAACUCGUGAGAUUUAGACAGGGGAGCUGCUGGGAAGGUUAGUGAGAGUGUGCCUCUACAACAAACAGGUAGCAGGAGGGCCCGCAAGUGUGUGUGUGUAUAUAUAUCGCUAUAUAUAUAUGUGUACUUAGAGCAGUCCGGGCCUCCCAGGACCGUCGGGCCUAUGACAACCGACAUGAAAAAAAUAUUUUUUUCAUGUAUGAAGUUUGGUCACUGCGGCAGCACCUUUCAUGCAAAAUGCAGGUCUUGGGUGUGCCCCCAAUCCUUUCUCUGGGCCUAUGACAACCGUCAUGGUUGUCAUGCCCUGAUGGUGGCCCUGAUUAUACCCAUUACCUAGACCAUUCUGAACUAACAAGACUAUAUUUAAAUAUUCAUUAGGGAUUUGGUCCAUGCAUACAUCUAAUUUGUGUCACACAUUCAAGGUCAUCCCAAAAGUGCUGUGUUGGAUUGAGGUCAGAGGGCUGUAUAGCACAUUAAGUAAACUGAAAUCACUAACAUGUUUGUCGAAUCAGCUUGAGAGGACACGUGUUUUGUGCUGUAAGCAUCAACAUGAGAAAGGAUGGAUUUGCUAAGAUUCAAUUCUGUGCUGUGUCAUUCAAACGAUAGUCGAUAUUUAAGGCAUUAUGUGUGCAAAGCAAAAACUCUGCACCGCCAUUAGUCUAUACUACCAAAUAAAGGAAGAAUGGGUCCAUGGAUUAUUGUAAAGUGCAUCCAUUUCUAAAGAAAUAAAUGCAUAAGCGACUCCAUAGUGAGGAUAAUGAUGGAGAGAUCUUCCAGAGUUGUUCUGAAGAGUGAAUAUUGUUCAGGAUCUGUCUGCUUCCAGGUGGUAGUUUUGUAUGUCGUGAUUUUUGUUGUAUGAUCCUAGUGUGAAUUAUUUUUAAUAGGCAUUUUUAUUGAAAUGUAGCACUUUCAUGAUGUGUAUAUUUAAUAAUAAACCUUUUUUGAAAUACAUACAUUUUAACAAUUACAGUGAUGUGGAAAAGUGUAUGUAACUUUCUUUUUACUUUCAAUAAUUAAUCUUGUUUAGAGGUCGAGAAGGAAUCUCUUCGUAGUUUUUGAGUAAUUGUAAAGCACUUUAAAUUGUUUUUUUGCCUUCUUUUGGAUCUUUUGCCUUCUUUUGGAUCAUUUGCCGAAACAGAUGUGAGAAAUGCUGUAACAAAUAGUAGCUUGCAUGUUGUUGGGAAAACUCGUACUAUCUAUUAUGAGGGUAAAGUUUUAACAAAGGACAUAAAAAAAUAUAUUGAAAAAAUAAUGAUUGAAGUCACUGGCCAAACAAAUAAGCCAUUACACCAAUGAAUCUCGGACACCUGCUUUUUUUCUUUUAUAAUCAUACAGUUUUUAAUUCUAACCUAUGGCCCUUAAAGCAGGUACAUUGUAAAACAGCUUAUUCAUCUCACCAAAAGUAUUUUGUAAAGAUACAUUCUUUAUAAAGUAUCCACAUUGACUGUAUCAAAUAUAUGAUGAAACAAAAUAGGAAUUACUUUGUCUCCUGUUAUGUGUAAACUAGAAGUUGACAAAAUUUUGCAAAACGUGGCACUACCACGGUCAACUUUUGCCAGUUCCUACAGAUGUUUGAGAUGACUGUGGGAUUUAGGCUGUUUCUUACAGAUCACAAGACUUAUUCUACGGAGGUUCCUGUGAUCUUGCAGGAUCCUCUAUAAACAUCAAAGUUUUACUUUUAUGCAAGAGUAUAGCACUGACCAGGCUCCUAGGGGAUGAAUCUCCAAGAGUUGAAAACAGAAGUUGUGGGAGAGAAGGUAAAUAUAUCUACCCACCCCUGUACCCCAAAAGAUGUCACCUAAGCGGGGUUUUGCUAAGAGUGCUGAAGGUGACAAAGUUGCUUUAAAAAUGACAGCUCAUGAGAAUCAUGUAAUAAUUCUACAUAGUCCUAUUUCACAUCACUUGUAUUCUAUCGCAUCUGGGUUUAGCUGGUCAUGGGGAAACAGGAAUUGUAUUCUACCUGGGAUGGCCUUGUUUGAAAAUGUUUGUAUAAAAAAAUAUUUUCACCUGUUACUGAUCAAAAGGCUUUGACCUCCAAACAAUGGCUACAUUUUGCCAGUUUGCCUCUACACAGAUAUCAUGGCCAUGUAGUGAAAAUCACAAUGGUUUUAUCUGAAGAAAGUCAAGAGGACAUUCACUGAGGAUGACAUAAUGCUUGACGCCCAAAGUGUUAGUUAUUGAAAAAAACUUUGAGACAGGUUUUAAAAGCCUCGGAUAUUGCACGUUUUGAAAAAGCCAGGAGAUUCUAAAAAAGUGACCUUGUUUCUCAUUGCAGCCAUAAGAGAGUACUUGUGGCUGCAAUGUAACACGAAAGACGUUGUGUUUAAGCCAUAUUAUUUAGUCUUCAACAGUUAUUAUUAGUUUUCAGGAGGUCAUCCAGAUAGUCCAGAUGGAUGUCACAAUGGCUGCAUUGUAGAGUUCCAAGAGGCUGAUUUUCCUGAUACAUAUAAAUAUAAUAAGCUGAUCGUUGCAGGACGUUUUGCUCUCAAAUUGAGUUCAGUAAUAAAACGGUUCACGUUUUUCAGGGUUGGAACCAUAACUGUGUACUUUGUGCUGAAAGUGCCUUAGAGACAUGUGUUCCUUUUCCAGGGAUCACAGCACUAGUUUGUAUGUCUCCAUAAUAAUACUGAGUAUGUUCUCAUGUGAGCAUGUAAUGCUGGAUUACUAUUCUCUAACGUCAUAAAGUUGCCUUACAGUAACUGGUACAAAAGGUUGCAGUUAUCAAACAUAAAGCAAGCCUCUAAUGGGUCUAGAGGGUGAGUAAAGCAAGGACAGGAAGAGAAGAAAAUAGUAGGGGAAUGUGGAAAACAAGAAAAAGGUUAUGAAAGACAGUGGGAUUGUGGUGGGUGAGAAAGGUGUAAAGUAAUCCAGGGGUUUCAGAUUUUCUGAAUGUUUAUUAUGGUGUUAUGAAUACGUGCGACAAAGUUCCUCUAGUUUAAUGUGUACAUGGGCCAUAUUUUAUUUCACACUUAAAGGGACACUCCACUGCCCAAAUAAAAAUCUAAUUAUGCAUUUUUUUCACUUGGGUUAUAACUAAAACAGCUUGCAAAAGCUACAGCUAUCUUUUCUGCAGCCUUUGCAAGCCCUCCCAUUUUAACACCACCCCGUUUUUCUGUAACAGUCCAAUCACAUACUUUCCAAUGCAGCUCAAUGAGAAGUCUUUGUACGGCAGAUGCUCUGGGCUAUUGCUGCCUCUUGACUUUAGCUCCACUGAGCUAACCAAACCAGAAAGUAACUGGACCUGUUGUAACCAGGUUCAUUUAUAAAAGUUGAAUAAAAAAAUAAGACACUUUUCACUAACAAAGCACUUCGGCAAACUAAAUGUUUCACCUGACACUGCUUCCUAUUUGUUAGUCAAGAGUUCAUUAAAACCAAAUGCUCACCCCACUUUGUGUUUUUAUAUUAUUUCUGUCUUUUGCCAAAUUCCCAUUUAGUAUAUUUAUUUCUUUUAUUUUCUAAAACUUUUAUUUUAUUUAUUUUUUUACAGGGGAAACAAAGAAUGCAAGUAGACACAUUUUCAAUUUGACCUCAUUGACAACAUCAGAAAACAUUCUUUCUGCUACACUGCAUUAUUAUCUUGGAGACUUAUUUAACACUAGCCAUCGAUGUCCUCAUUCUCUAUUCUGCCCUCGCCAUGGACACAGGAAACAUGAAAUCUCGAUUGAUCUAGCUGUUUGGAGUUUAACAUCUCUAGAAAAACAAAUUCGUCCUUUGGGUAAUUUUCUCAUCAACAUUUCCACGUCAUACCGGGACUUUCCUUCUUGGCAAUGGAAGGACAUCACUCAGGUUCUUCGCAAUGCUAAGCAACAUGGCGAGACUCUCAUUGGCAUCAACAUGACAGUAGAUAUGCCAAAUCAAAGACAGAGACAUAUCUUAGGUCUCAAACCAUACAUAUUGGUUUACGCUAAUGACUCUGCCAUUUCAGAGCCAGAUAGUGUUGUUUCAAAUUUACAAGGAAAACGCAAUCCUCUCGCCCACAAGCCGUAUCGGAAAGCAGGACCUGUUGAGUACCGGAGAAGACGAUCCACUGACAUACUUUUACCCUUACAAAACAAUGAGCUCCCAGGUGCUGAAUACCAAUACAAUGAGGAUGAAGAGGUAUGGGAAGAAAAGAAACCGUACAAAAAUCUUCAAGUUAGGCCGGCUGACAAAGGCAAAAAUAAGAAGAAGCUGAGGAAAGGUGGGCGGCAGAAAACCCAAACUCUGCAAUUUGACGAACAAACACUGAAGAAAGCAAGGAAAAAGCAAUGGAACGAACCUAGGAACUGUGCAAGACGCUAUCUGAAAGUAGAUUUUGCAGACAUCGGCUGGAGUGAAUGGAUUAUUUCCCCCAAAUCCUUUGAUGCCUAUUACUGCUCAGGUGCCUGCCAGUUCCCAAUGCCAAAGGUACUGUAAAUAUUUUAAUAGUAUUUUUACGCUGACUUUUAUAUCUAUAUAUAUUUACAUGUAGUGUUGGGCAAGAAACUGUAUCUCCUUUUUAUGAACUGUAUGUUUUUUUUCUAAUCAAUAAAAUAUUCCAGCUGUUUUAUUAGGAAGUCCUCUGAAGCCAUAAAUAAGUAAUAUUUUAUGUCUGUUCUAGAAGUGUAGUUGUUAAAAUAGUGAGAUUUAAAAAAAAAUAACUGAAGUUUAUAUGAAGGAAUUUCUUGUACACUAUCCAAACAUUAAUGCUUUUCUAGCUAGUAAAGUAUGACCUUUUGUCCGUUUAUUGAAGUUCACAUUCUACAACUUUCUGUGUCCAGUAUUUCACACUUUAACUUUUUUUUUUUAGUUCUUGUGCUCCAAGUAUUUGGUCAUCGCUAGACUUGAUCAUAUUUUUUUGCUUUCAACUUGUGAGGUUUUGAUGCAAUAUGCUGUGCGUCUUACUGGUCUUGAACAAACAUUCCAAUGCGCUCAUAAAGUCAGAGUAGAAUGGAAAUGCUUUUGAAUAGAAGCACAGAAUUAAUUUAUAAAUGACACAGAAUGUUGUAAUCUGUGUAUAUACUCUUAUAAAUGUGUGUUUGCUGACCUCUUUCUAUCAUCACAGAAGGAAUAUCAACAGCAAAGAUAAAAAAUUCUAUUAAAACAGGACACAUUUUCAAAACAAAAAAAAAUAUUCUUAUUCAUUAAUUCAUGUAGUAGUGUCUAACAUUCUUAUAUUUUUAUUAAUGUAAUUACAGUGUUUCCUCAUGAUGUACAUGUGUAUAAAAAAAAAGAAAUGUAAUUACUAUGCCACAGGCAGCAAAUCAUAUACAUGCAAUUUUAGUAAAACAUCUGUCUUUUGGCAACUACUUAAUAUGUAUGUUAAAGGCACCAAAAUCAUUUUAGUUUAAUAAAGAGGUUUUGGUUUAAAGAUAAGGCCCCUUUCAAUUAUCAGCCAUUUAGCUGUUAAAUUACAUUGUUUAUGCAGCCUUGUCCCCUGACUGAGACUCACUCAGUCUCCCUACACACUUUUUGAAAAGUCAAUUUUUUACCUUCCAUUAUUGCACAGUGUGUUUAAUUUAGAUUGUUUUAACUCUGUCACUGUUACCUGCCUUCUACAGUUUACAUGAACCUCAUGUGUGUGAUUCAAGUUCUAUUAACAGAUCGAGGGGUGAUAACUUCUAGAGUAAACACAAUGGGCUAUAAGAUUUGAUUACAAAUAAAAACAUUUUUGUAAUGGUUUACUGUGUGAGUCACAGUCUGAGGAGGUGAGGAUAGACCAUCAUGAACGGAAAUAAAAUUACUCCUAAAUGGCAGAUAAUUAAGCAGUGAGACUUUAGGGAAUUUGAUUUACGCACCAAAACUACUGCAUUACGCUAAAGUUGUUUUGGUGCUUUUCCUUAUCUCUUUAAAGAAAAAAAAAUGCUUGACGGCCAGCUCAGUUCACGAAGUGAUAACCCAGAUCCUAAUCUGCCCAUAAUUCCAAUCUUAAUCAACAACAGAUAUAGCGAUAAAGGUUUUCUGCCACAUUUAUUUACCAAAAUUACACUUGAUGUCCUCCAAGUCCUUUGAAACUGACUCAAUAAAAAAAAAAUAUCUGUUGCCAAGGAAAUCAGAUAUGUUUUCAAGAAAACAAAUAUAAAUGAGAAAUACAAUUAUUUCCAGAAACUUUUUUUUCUGAGGUGCAUGCCUUUCAAUCUUUUAGAUGUUACUUUUUUAUUGUAUUAGUAGAAUUAUUCCUGUAGAAUGAAAUUAUGAAUUGGCUUCAAUUCUCAUUUGUGACAUGGGGUUGGGUGUACUUGGAUAUUACAUAUGUUUUCAAAAAGUAAUAUCAAAGUAAUAAAGUUUACAAGCGUAGAAAUUCUGGAUGUAAUUUUUCCAUUAGGUCAGCUAAGUGUCCACCUAGUGGAAUGGUGGCUACAGGUUAACUACAGGUUAACUAAUAUAAUGAACACAAACCUUCCUAUGGGUUAAUAUAGUUUCUUAACAUUACAUGUAGAAACACAUGCAACGUGAAUUAAUAGACUUAUUUUUCUGUACUGUACAUAGAACGUGUACAUUUAUAAAGAAAGCAAUCUGAUUUACUUCUCAAUAUAGGUCAAAGUCCGUUGAAAAAUGCUGCAAUACUAUGACACUAGAUUAUAACAAGUCUUACAUUUAGUUACUUCCUGGAAUUUGAAACCAGUUAGACCAGGUUAAUUACUAUGAACACAGCUGAAACAGUUCUUUGCUAUUUUGUCUUGAAUGUCUCAAUCUUUACAGCUACUUACAUCUUUCGUGCUCUUCAAACACGAUUCUUUAAAUUGUUGAACUGUAUUCUUUAUGUUGACUACCUUCAGAGGCUCAGCAGUCUCAAUAAUGUAUAGCUUCUCGGGACAAUCUAUCUAUCUGGAUGUGAUAUCUAAUUUGUUAUAAUGUAGCUAAAACGAAAGUUUUUUUCUGCAAAAAUAUGAAAAUUGUAAAAUUGUUAUGGACUAUUUUACAUUCCACUGUAAAAUAUUGGUGCCAGGGGAAAUUUUGUCUCAGCCAUUUCACCCUUCUAGGUCCCUAAACUGUAUUUGACUUUUGUCUCUCCUAAAUAUAAUCAAGAUUGCAAAUUAUAUAAUGACUUGCCAGCACACAAAAGCUCAGAUGUAAAAAUAGACGGGGUUAUAUUUCAUCAUUCAUCUCAUAUGAAAUAAGGAACGAUGUGCAGAGUCAAGAAACGUUUCAUCUGUUACCUCCUCCUUGACAGAUGAUGUUCCAUGACAUUCAUGAUAUAAUUUGCCAUACCCCUUUUCAGGAAAGGAUUAAUCUCGAUAUUGUAACCUUUUUAUAUAGAUAGAUGGAGAUAUAUAAAUAGCCUGAUGAUAAAUUAAUAAAUCGAUGGAUAGAUACAUCGAUCGAUGGAUAUGCUUAAUGUAUAUUUUCCUGAUAGCGUUGGACUUUUUUUUUAAUGUGCUGUGUGAUUUUUAUAUUUUUACAGUCUUUAAAACCAUCUAACCAUGCAACUAUCCAGAGUAUUGUGCGCGCUGUGGGUGUGGUACCCGGGAUUCCUGAGCCAUGCUGUGUUCCAGAAAAGAUGUCUUCCCUCAGCAUCCUCUUCUUUGACGAAAACAAGAAUGUUGUUCUCAAAGUAUAUCCCAACAUGACAGUGGAGUCUUGUGCUUGCAGAUAACAUUGCACACAACUCGGAAAAAGUGAAGUGAUCAUCAUAUUUGCACUUUCGACGUAUUGUAUUCUAAAUACUUUCCAAGCAAAAACAGAAAAGUAAAGCGAAAUAUAUACAUAUAUAUAUAACAUUCAUGAAUGCUGGUUAUGAACCUCCACUAAUUACCAGCUAUAAACAAUUGUGGAACAGUUAUUAUUAAAGCUGGUAUAAACAGCACAUGCAAAAUAUUACUUCUCAAAAAAUAAAAAAGAUUUUUCAGUGCCUUAGAGGAAUUUUUUUUUUUCAUAUAGGUAACGUCCAAAGACACAUCUAUUUUUGUACCGGAGAAAAAUAAAAACAGCUGUAGCUGUUCUUUUGUGCCUUUUGAAUUUCAUCUUUGAUUAUCCUAUGAAUCUGAUUUCAAAUAAAUCCAAUAAGUGGUAAGCCAUUUUGCUUCAUGAGCUUGCUAUCUCACCUUACACCUGUCUUAAACAUCUGUGACCAAAUAAUGAAUAGAAAUGAUGAGUGCUACUUUAAACUGUUGAAAGAGUUUUGUGGGUCUUUGCAAUUUCUUCUGAAUAAAUAGAAACUAAAAGGGACAAAUCACUUUCAGUCCUGUGUUUCUGUGGAAAGCAGAAUCGUAACAUUUGUGUUGUAAGUUUUGUGCCAUGUGAGUAAGUCAGUACAGAAAUGUUGUAAUAAUUUCAACAUUCAUAUUUUAGUCAUUGUGUCCUGACCUCAAGCGGUCAUUUUUUUUUAGGGACCUUGGCCAUUAUACAUCAGAGUCUUGUAUGAAAUUUGAUCAUGCAGGACAAAAUGCUUAAUUAUAAGUAAUAUGUUUUAAAAGGAAUAUGAUAUAUAGGAUUAAUUUGCUGUAAAAAACAAACAAACAAAAAAACACCUCACAGAAAACAAAAAUAUAGUGAAGAUAAGAGAUUAAAUAAUUUUUAAAUAAGUAUAAAUAAACGUUCAUGAAUUUAACUAUAAAAUAUUGUUUUUGUAGGGCCACUAUUUAGUGUUUAGACAAUAAAGUCCAUGUUUAUAAAAAAAUGUCAGUUACAUUAUAUGCUUAUGUAUUAUUAAAUGUGUUACAUUGAAAUAACCGUUUCUUCUGUCGAAACUCCCCCUUUACUUUCUGCUUUUCUUGCAGCAGAAUGUCUGGAGAAACAUUAGUAAGUUUCUUAAGCUAGUUUUUAUGAAUGGUGAGCCACUGAUUGUCUUAGAGCCUUAGCUGAAUGCUCUAAGCCAGUCAGUGGCGCCCCUUGCCUGUAGUAGGCUGGGGCUUCAGUUUUCACAAAAUGGACGUUGAGGGGGCAGAGCGAAACAGCACUGGAGAGUAGACUUUGGGGUUAAACUGUUUGUGGCACUUAAAGCCUACCACCUCAGCUGAGAAGCAGGGCCAGAUUAAGAGCCCAGUGGGCCUGGUGCUGACAAUUAUGAUGGGGCCUAAUUACAGAAUCCUAACGACCAAAAACACUAAAACAGUCACACCUCUCAAGCGUCAUGUAUCUGAUGUAAUUGGUGUUGGAGGGAAACUCAAAGGAUGCAGCUAUAAGAAAACACAUACUCUAUGCUAAUCUCUUUAUCUAAUUUAUGCUUUCAUCUUUCAAGUAAAUCCAUACCCCCUAAAAGCAGUGUCCAGUGAAGCAGGAAGUCAAUGGGCAGGGUAAAAGAGUGGGCCACUGAUGCAAAUCAUGUGACCAGAAGUGCCAAAAUGGGCAAACAUGCCCAAAAAGGGGGUAUGUGUGUCCAAAGAAUUGGAAGGCCAGCCUGGCAUCAGUGUCCCUAUGUAUCACAACAUCAGUGUACCCAUGUCACCCAGUCCCCAUUUCUCCCAGUGUCCCCAUGUUUCAGUGUGUCCCAUGUUACUAGGAUACUAGGGGACACUGAGAGACAUGGGGACACUGGGAGACAUGGGGGCACUUGUGGAUACAGACAUGGGGACACUGGGAGACAUGGGGACACUGGGAGACAUGGGGACACUGAGACACUAUGGACAUUGGCUGGGAGGCAUGGGGACAGAGACACUUGGGGACACUGGGAGACAUGGGGGCACUUGUGGACACUAGGGACGCUGGCUGGGAGACAUGGGGACACUGGGAGACAUGGGGACACUGAGACACUGGCUGGGAGACAUGGGGACAUAGACAUUUGUGGACACUGGGAGACAUGGGGACACUGGGCACUAUGGACACUGGCUGGGAGACAUGGGGACACUGGGAGACAUGUAGACACUGUGUCCCUAGUGUCUCCGUGUCCUAAUGUGUCUACCUAUGUCUCUUAGUGUCCCCAUGUAUCACAGUGUCCCUGAGUGUCUCAGUGUCCCCACGUGUCCCCUAGUGACUCAGUGUCCCCAUGUCUCCCUGCUGCCUUUCCCCUCAUCCCUCACUUCCCUGAGCUGUAGUCUGUCUCUGCAGGCUGGGAGCUGCUGUCUGAACUCUCAGUGCUGUGCAGCUCCUCCUCUGCGUAUCAGUGAGUAUAGAGAGGCAGGGAGGGAUUUGCUGUAACUUCCUAUCCCUGCCUCUCUCCAUACACAGUGACCCCUACUGGCCGGUGCUGGUAUUGCAGAGUCCCAUGUCGUUUAUACUGAAAAAAAUAUUUGCAUUUUUAUUGCCGGUAUUACUGCAAUACCAUCAUGGCCAGGCAGCCUCAAAUACCGGCUGUGCCUUAAAAUACCAGUCAGGUGGCAAACCUAAGAGUAGUGUGUAAAAAAAUAAAAUAAAAUUAAAUUAUUAUUAUUUUUUUUUAAACGGGCCUAUUCCAUAGGCUUGGGCCUGGAGAUGCAGCUCUAUCAGCCCCUAUGUUAAUCCGGCCCUGCUGAGGAGGUUACAUCUUCCUUAUUAUGUGUGCAAAAUAGUUUAUGGGUUAGCAAGUUGGGCUAACUCUUUUGGCACACCAAAAUUGAUACAGGUACCUUUGCACCAUAGCCACUGCUACACGUUGUAGUGCUUGUAGAGUUCUUUAAAUGAGAGAAUUUCUUAGAAAAAUACCUGAAACAUAAUGCAUGAAAAAAGUAAAAUACUUUGCAAUAUUAAAAAGACACUGUAGGCAUUCUGCACCAUAAACACUUAUGGUUAUGGUGCCUGGAGUCCAUGCUUAGGCUUGAGACACCAUAAUCUUUUUAAGAUUUUUGAGUGGUUAUGGUGCCUACAGUGAUUCUUUUAGGAUGAAGCUGUUUGUGAUUAGUGAUUGCUGCCUCUAAGAAAUGAAUAUAAUUUUCUUAUGACUAUUAUAAUAAUUAUUUUUGCUAUUAUUUUUACUGCUGCUGCGUGCAAAAAAAAUCAUACUAAGAAUAUGUUACUUAUGCACCAAUACAAGAUUCUUAUAAAAUGAUGCAACUAUGUUUUUAUUCUUACGUAUGUACUUUAUUAACAAUUUCAUAAUAAGCAUAAUAAGCAAAAGUUGCUUAUCUCAGAAUUAUGUAAAGUGAAUAUAUACAUUUUGUGCGAAAGGGGUAGUUUUUAGUAAAAUAAAAAUAUAUAUAUACUACUUUAUCCAUUUGGAACCCAAGUGAUUAAAUAGUUGAAUGAUAAUGUUUGCAAUAAUUAUUUUUGUCUGUUACGUUGCCUUUUCAUAGUGAUGUGUUGGAACUGAAUUGUACAGUCAGUGUACAUUGUAAAGUGAAGAUCUGGAUUGAAUUAGACAGUGUUAUUAAAACCACUUGUAAAUUGUAUACCCAGCCCAAGAUUCCCCAUAAGCUAUUUGGGUAUACCAUGUUAAUCCAUAAGCUCUGCCAUUUACGUACAUAGCAAUACAUAACAUGAAAAUACACUGGCUCCCUAAAUAGGUGGUUGCAGUCAGAAGAUAAGCCACACACAUCCCAGAGGCAAAAGGGGAACAUAUAGGGAAAAAAAGUGAACAAAAAAGUGUAAUUUCCACUGGGUUAUUACAAUUCAGGGUUAUUCAACGAGAAUGGUUAUGAAUUCAAAGUGAAUUUAAAGGUUUCAGUUUUGUUUCCAUUUUGGCUAAUUUAGCAUAAUGUAUAACCACUUAAGGACCAAACUUCUGGAAUAAAAGGGAAUCAUGACAUGUCCCACAUGUCAUGUGUCCUUAAGGGGUUAAAGGGACACUAGAACAAUUACAGCUUAUUGAAUUUGUUCUGGUGAGUAGAAUCAUUACCUUCAGGGUUUUUGCUGUAAACAAUGUCUUUUCAGAGAAAAUGCAGUGUUUACUUUACAGCCUAGUGAUAACUUCACUGGCCACUCCUCAGAUGGCUGUUAGAGAUCCUUCCUGGGUCAUGGCUGCCUAAAAUACAUCCAAACAUUCAGUAUCUCCUCCCUCUGCAUGCAGACACUGAACUUUCCUCAUAGAGAUUCAUUGAUUCAAUUCAUCUCCAUGAGGAGAUGCUGAUUGGCCAGGGCUGUGUUUGAAUCAUGCUGGCUCUGCCCCUGAUCUGCCUCCUUGUCAGUCUCAGCCAAUCCUAUGGGGAAGCACUGUGAUUGGAUCAGACUACCACAUGUCAGCAGACUGCUUGUUUUUCCUAACAGCAUGCAGAGUUACAGCUUCAGGCUUGAAUACAGUAAGAUGUUGCUAUAUUUAUGGAGGCAUGAGGGGCUAGACGGUGGUUUUAACACUAUAGGGUCAGGAUUACAUGUUUGUGUUCCUGACCCUAUAGUGAUCCUUUAAAUUUACUUUGCAUUCCCAACAAUUCCCACUUUAGUGGAUAACCCUGUUUUUGUUUAGUAAUUCUACUCUCUCAGUACAGGUAUUUAGUAUGUGAGACAGUGAACAAUUGUUCUUUUAAAGUGCUCUAUAAACAAUUACUAUUAGCUAUGUUGACAGUUUGCAAUAUGAGUUCCUUAAAAAAUAAAUUAACUUUAUAUGUUCCCUAACUAAUUAAUUCAAAAGGCAUGGUACCUUUUUUUAAAAAAUUCUUUAUUUUUACUGUGCAAGGUAAAUACAGGUAUAUGUGAAGUGCCACAACAGCACUCAUAGAGUAAGCAACAAACAUUCAAUUCGGCACCUGGAAUCUGCACAUUUUUUGUUAUUAUUAUGUUGGAUCGAGCUAGACACAAUUUUUAGGUAUAUAGCAAAUAGAUGAUACGUUAAAACUAUGUCAGUAAGCAAUAAUUCGACAAUAUACUAAGCUCUAGAAACUUUAACUGACAGCAUGGGGUUGUUUAGCUAGAGUGAGAAUCUAGGAGGAGUGUUAGCUUAAACAAAAGUUUAACGUUAGUACACUCGUUUUAUAGUUGGGUUCCAGGCUGUACAUGUAUGUCUGAUUAUGUGAAGCUAUGGGUUCUGCAUUCAGUAUAGGUUAGCUAUACAUGUGGGUGGUUAGGUAAAAACAGAGUUAGCUACAUGCUUAUGAGAUACGAGUUGGGAAGUAGAUAAAACCCCUACUGGGAAGCAGGUAAUUGCUAG